CCACCUCGUGAACCUCCAGAGUAAAAAAGCAGCUUACAGCUGACUCUACAAUUGUAGCCCCAACUGUCUCUCCAACCGACUAUGCCCUGCCACCAGAGAAAAAGUGAGGCCGAGUGUCAAAGUCCAACAUAAUUAAAGCAACACCUUGGUCCAUAAUUAUUCAAUCACCAUUUAAUAACAAAUCCAAACUCUCCACCUGAAAAUUUGCCCAUAUACUAUACACUACUGUGUGCGCCCAAUGGAGAUCAAGGCCAACAUUUUCUAAAGCUUUGAGUUUUUUCCCUUUUUUUAAUCCUUUUUUUUUCUUUUUCGAGAAUUUAGAUAUUCACGUAGAGAAAAGAGAAGGGGGCCUAGAGAAAUUGUUGGGUUUGAUCUGUCACAGAUCAUAUAGCUGUUCUCAUCAUCAUUCAAAGAAAUUGAUCUUGAUAACAAGUUUGUGGUUGGAAUGGUUGAGAAUUGAAGGGCUAAGAUGAACCUUCACAAGGUAGACAUGCAACAAGGCCAUGGAUGAGGUACCUGGCUCUGUAGGGACCAGUGCCAGCUUCUCUUUGAGAUUGGGUCAGGCCAUCUUUUCCUCUGCUUCCCUUCUUUUCAUGUCUCUUGGGGUUGAGUUCUACAGCUACACUGCUUUCUGCUACCUGGUAACAAUCAUGGGUCUGGUUAUACCAUGGAGUUUCACAUUGGCAAUGGUGGAUGGCUACUCUGUUCUUGUUAAAUGUCCUCUUCGACAGCCCGGAAUUCUGCUGAUCAUUGUUGUUGGAGAUUGGGUAUUAUCAAUUCUCACUCUAGCUGCAGCAUGCUCAACAGCGAGCGUCGUGGACGUCCUGCUUCAUGCGAACGGUCCGUAUUGCCCUCCAAAGUUUUGCAGCAGGUAUAAAAUAUCUGCUGCUAUGGCUUUCAUGUCAUGGUUCCUGUCUUUGGCUUCAUCUCUGUUCAAUCUUUGGUUACUUCCGUCCUUAUGAUUCUCAUAUGAAUAUGAUCUCGUCUUCGACUUCUGCAGAAAUUUGUGAUACAUAUGGAGGUAUUCAAUAUUAUUCAAAAUCAUAGGCUUGUACAUCAGCAACUGUAAAUCAUGAAUGAAGUUUUAUUCCUUCAUGAAAGUUCUGCCCUUUGAUGAUCAAUCAUUUUCACUGCAA